GGCCCGAGGCCCCGGGGCAGGGCGGGCUGCCUGCCGCCUCCUUAAAACCAGGGCGGCCCCUGAACCGCAGCGACGGGCACAGCUGCUCCUCCUUGACCCCUGGGGCCCCGCAGGCAAUAAAGGCUCAGAGGCUGCCCGUCCUGCCCUGGAGGCACCUUCUGCAGCCCCUGUGACUGGCUCAGGCCUCCCCCAAGAUGGACACGUGGAGCGUGCUGCUGGUCCUGCAAGCUCUGCUCCUGACGGACGGGGCCGCGCCCACGCCGGACCUCGCGGCUCCCACCCUGCGCAUUCUGGCCGUCGGGGACUGGGGCGGGCUGGACAACUCUCCAUUCUACACCCCCCGGGAAAUGGCCAACGCCAAGGAGAUGGCCCGGACCGUCAGGACCCUGGGCGUGAACGCCAUCCUGUCCCUGGGGGACAACUUUUACUUCUCCGGCGUGCGGAAUGUCGGGGACAAGCGAUUCCAGGAGACCUUCGAGGACGUGUUCUCCGACCGCGCCCUGGUCUCCGUGCCCUGGUACGUGCUGGCCGGGAACCACGACCACCUGGGCAACGUCUCGGCCCAGAUCGCCUACUCCCAGGUCUCCAAGCGCUGGAACUUCCCCAAACUCUACUACCGCCAGCGCUUCAUGAUCCCCGGGACCAACGUGUCUGUGGCCGUCUUCAUGAUUGACACGGUGACACUCUGCGGCAACUCGGACGACUUCCUCAGCCAGCAGCCUGAGGCGCCCCAAGACCGGGAGCUGGCCCGCACCCAACUGGCCUGGCUCAAGAAGCAGCUGAUGGCGGCCAAGGAGGACUAUGUGCUGGUGGCCGGCCACUACCCCGUGUGGUCCAUCGCCGAGCACGGGCCCACCCGCUGCCUGGUCAAGUCCCUGCGGCCGCUGCUGGCCAAAUACAAGGUCACCGCCUACCUGUGUGGCCACGACCACAACCUGCAGUACCUUCAGGAUGCCGACGGCGUGGGCUACGUGCUGAGUGGAGCCGGGAACUUCAUGGACCCCUCCAAGCGGCAUUUCAACAAAGUCCCGAAUGGCUACCUACGCUUCCACUACGGGUCCGAGGACUCGCUGGGCGGCUUUGUCUACUUGGAGAUCAACCCCAAAGAGAUGGGCAUUACUUACAUGGAGGCCUCGGGCAAAUCUCUGUACAAGGCUGUGCUGCCCCGGAGAACCAGGCCCUGAGCACCCGGGAGAGCGGGGACCCUGCCCACCCUUUCCUGUAGGGCUGGGUAACUGAGAAACGGCCACACCGACCCCCACAUCCACGACGGAGGUGUAGACACGUGUACAGCCAUCAUCUCUUGGCCUGUGGCUUGGCUCCUCUGGGUUGUGUUUGGGGCGUGGGGACAGGGAGGGCACGCUUCCUGAAUCCAGCACCUUGCUGUCACUGCCAUUCAAUAAAAGAAUCCUUGUCAACGCUGA